AUGGCGACCAAUUCUAACUCAUCACAGAACACCAGUGACGACAACCUCCCACAAAAAGAAUUCGCAUUCGUUGAACAUGAGAGCAACAAGAAAGAACUUCGAAGUCAUGCUAUGCGGGAGCAUUGGAAGAAUAGACGGCAAACGAUGAACGAGGAGAAGCAAAAAAGACAGAAGCGCACUCAGCAUACGCUAUUGCCGACUCCGAGGACGCAAUCAACAAUGUCUGAUGAGAACUCCGAGUCCUCCAGCUCAGUACUUAACAGCAAUGUCUCCUCAGUCACAGCAUUGAUACCUAACAGCGAACGUCAACCAGAUCUGGAGGGCAUUCCAUCUCAAAUACUUUCAGGGGUGAAUCUGGUGUUUGGGUCGAGCAGGCUUGACCCUUUCGAGCAACUGCCUAUGAAGCUGUCGGUCACACACCACAAGCUUCUCCAUCACUGGUUUAGUGCUCACGCCGCCAUGAUGUUUGGGCCUUCCCCGGAUGGGGCCUUCAGUCCCAUGCGCGAUGUAUGGCUGCCCCUUGACCUGUCUAACCCAGCAUCGUUCAAUGCACUCAUGGCGCUUUCAGCUGCGCAUCUUUCUUGGAUGCAGGGUUUCAGUCAAUCAGAAGUAGCUCUGGAGUUCAAGAGCGAAGCGGUGAGGAUCGUUCAGCUUUGGAUGCAGGACCCGGAACGUGCAGUGUCGGAUGAUGUCUUGGCUGCUAUCAUACGUCUUCUCACCUACGAGAGGUACUGGGGGACCGAGGCUGAGUGGAUCAUCCAUCACAAAGGGCUCAUGAACCUGGUUGAAGCUCGCGGCGGGGUAGCGAAACUCAGCAUUUCGUUCAUCCAAGACAUUGGCACAUUCCGAACGAACCUCCUGAGGACCACCCCGGUGCAUUACUCGGCGCUUCACGAAGCCAUCUUACUACUCAAGGCUCACCGCCAAGAUCAUGAGUUGGAUACUGGCCGUCCGGAGCUCUGUAGCGACUUGGAAUUCACCCGACUUGCUUGCUUGCUGUUCAUCUGCGUUCUUUUGCAAAAAUCACCAUUCGAAUCCCCCCACGACACUGGAACCUACCAAGAUGGGGACUGGAGCUUUCAAAGGCUGGAUAAUUUGAAUCUCCUCAACUUCUGCCUCGAGGCAAACCACCCGUCUUGGCAUGACUCUCUCGAAAACCUGAACAGUAUUCUGUUCUUCCACUUCACUGCCUCGGAAGAAAUGGGUUUAGACCCAGAUUACGUUCGGAACAUAACAACAGUCCUUGGUUCUUUAAGUGGUGGCGCUCGAUAUGCUGUGGAGCGAUGUCUUCUUGAGACGUUAUGCCGAGCAAGUGGCGGUGAACAGAACCUCUUCGAGGAGAAGUUCACCCCUGAUAUCCUAUUGUCGAUGAUAUCUGGGAAGUGA